AUGAGCCAGCAGCCAUCACUCAAUUCAGCAUAUGAUCCCUUCCAGAAGCUACCACCCGAAGUACUACGCCUUAUCACCCGUCAAUUUUGCUCUCACUGCUGUGGUGAAUAUGAUCAACCUUUUAAGGUCGAAUCCUCAGUACAGGAUACCACAACCCUGUACAACCUCUGUCUAGCCUCUCCUCAUUUGAGAGACAAUUCUCAAGAAGUCUUGUUUCAUUAUUUCGGCGUGGAAAGCAUUCACCCUCUGUCCUCAGGUCAUGGUUGGAAAUGGCGACUGGAACCAUUUCUCCGCACCGUUGCUUCGCGCCCAGAUCUAGCUGGGUCAGUCAAGAUUGUCGGUUUACACUGGCGGUCACUUAACCAAUUGAGCUUCAAUGGGGGCAAAGCCAUAUUUGACCAUUGUGCCAAGUCACUUAGCACUAGCGCAUUCUCUUUAUUUCUGAAUACCCGCAACGACCAAGAAUCACAAACAAACACCAUUCGACAAUCAUUUCUCCUCCAAGGGUCGGUUCCGAGAGGCGUAAGGCCGGGACAAUGGCUUCCCGUGGUGGCCAGUGAGCUUUUCGCUAUGAUGUUAGCUUUACUGCCCAACAUAUCUUACCUAGGUGUCAUGGAAGAUGCUCAGUAUUUCAGAAGUCCCAACAUUCGGGAAGGUCGCGGUUGGCGGCUCGAUGUUUCGGACCCGACUCUGGAUGUUCUUGGAACAACUACCGUGGGACUGAAAACACUUGAAAGCGACUACGGGAUGAAGAAGCUACUGGUCCGUGCCACAAGUCUUGAGACGUUUAUCAUUGGCGGGGAUCUGGAUGGACCUAUUCCCGAAAUGCCCAGUCUCAUGCAUCUUCACAUUCCGCAUUCAGGGAAACAUUUUCCUACUACAGCCUGUCUUCUCAAAUGUACGGGACAGUUGAAGACACUAUCAUAUACAGUGACAAAGUCAGAAAUCUCAACGAUCGUUCGAUAUCUGGAUCAGCCACGGUUUCAUGAUAGCCUGGAGUCAAUCCGGCUUGACCUUCGGUGCCAACCUUCAAACGAAACGAUACAGCCAAUGCCAAGCUUGAAGUUAUUCACUCAACUCAAGACAAUUCUUCUACCCUCCUGUACUAUCUGGGGCUGCCAUCCGGCAGGAUUCGAGCCUAGGUCACUUAUCGACAUCCUACCGCCGAGCAUUGAGUCGCUUACACUUCUACACCAUCUUAUCCCAGCAUCCUCUGGCCCUCUGUGCGAAGACAUGUUGCGCCUCCUUGAGGCGACGCCGACAUCAUUUCCGCAAUUGAGAACAAUUAUAAGUGAUUCCUACGAGGUGUGUAAUCCAACAUUGACAGGAUUGUUCAAGCAAGUUGGCGUUACUGUCAUCUUCCAAGAAGUCCCAAGAUAUCCAAGACGCUAUACUGGGCAACCGGAUGAUCCACCGAAUAGUUGGGGUAGGCGAAGUUGGAUCGAAGAGUAUCAGAUAGCUAUUGGUAUUGACGCCAGCCACGAGAUGUAUCCUCUACCUGGUGAGCUUUCAGAUGAUGACUUGUAA